CGCUAGUCAAUUUUUUAUGCAAAACAACAAGAAGAAGAAAGGAACUUUUGAGUGCCGAGACGUAAUACAAUACAGUAACAUUAAAUUCAGUUUAUUUCCAUUACGAUUAUAAAGAAAUUAACCAUGUCUGAUUGGGACACAGUGACUGUUUUAAAGAAACGGGCCCCAAAAGCCUCCACCAUGAAAAGCGAACAGGCUGUGAACGCUGCACGCAGGCAAGGACUGCAAGUUGACACACAGUUAAAAUGGGGAGCCUCCAGUAACAAACAACACGUGGCUACUAAGAAUACCGCAAAAUUGGAUCGGGAAACUGAAGAAUUAAAACAUGAGACUAUUUCGUUGGAUGUUGGCAAAUUGAUCCAACAAGCCAGGCAAUCGAAAGGACUGAGUCAGAAAGAUCUCGCUACAAAAAUUAACGAAAAACCGCAAGUAAUUACCGACUACGAAGCUGGUAGAGGGAUUCCCAACAAUGUAAUAAUUGGCAAAAUUGAAAGAGUCAUUGGCAUCAAGUUAAGAGGAAAAGAUGUCGGCAAGCCCAUUACAAUCCCCCCAGGAAACCCGGUAAGCGUAGGAAAGAAGAAGUAAGGCGUUUUCUCUGGGGGGGCUAAUGUCAAAUUGGUAAAUUAUAAAAAUAAAACGUGGUUUUCCUACCAAUCAAAUAGUUUGCAUUUAUUGUCAGAAUCCUUGCAAUCUUACACCCAUAUGUAGGGUAAUAUAAAUGUUAAAUCAUUUCUUAGAAGUAAAAUCUUUGUGUAAUGCAGUUGCUGUAAACUAAUAUUAGUUAUAUAAUAUAAUAAACAAUUGGUGGUUUUAUUUUUUAUGUUGUCCUUAACUUGUUGUAGAUUAAAUGACACCAUUUUAUUUAGUUAUAAUCACGCAUUUUGACAAAACUCGUAGA